GUGUGAGCGGAAAGGGGCCCGGCGCCUGCUCCGGGGUUGAAGAACGAUCAGCCGAGCGAUGGAGGGACUCCUGCAUUACAUCAACCCAGCGCAUGCCAUCUCUCUGCUCAGUGCCCUCAACGAGGAGCGCCUCAAGGGGCAGCUAUGUGACGUGCUCCUGAUUGUUGGUGACCAGAAGUUUCGAGCUCAUAAGAAUGUCUUGGCCGCCAGCAGCGAGUACUUCCAGAGCUUAUUCACAAAUAAGGAAAAUGAGUCACAAACUGUCUUUCAGCUUGACUUCUGUGAGCCAGAUGCUUUUGAUAAUGUUUUGAACUACAUUUAUUCUUCUUCCCUAUUUGUGGAGAAGGGCAGCCUGGCCGCAGUGCAGGAGCUGGGCUAUAGCCUUGGUAUCUCCUUCCUGACCAACAUUGUCUCCAAAGCCCCCCAGGCCCCCUUCCCAGUGUGUCCUAACAGAAAAAGAGUGUUGGUAAGUGAGGACGAGGAGACCAGCUCCCAGAAGAGGAGCGUCAUUGUGUGUCAGGGUAGAAGCGAAGCCCAAGGGAAAGCCAGCAGUCAGAAUCUGCCCGACCUGAGCCAUGCCUCGCGGCCCGCGCCCUCCACUGCAAUCAAGACCAGUGGCAGCAGGCCACACAUCGCUAAGGCAGUGGAGCCCCUUCAUAGCCUGGCCCUCGCUGACAAGACCUGGCCCAAAGAGCCUGCUGCCGGGUAUACAAAGUCGCUUGAGCAUUCUGGAUCUUUGGAUGAUCCCAGUAGAAGCAGUUUGGUGAAGAGAAAUGCAGUAUUACCCUCCAAGCCUCCUCCAGACAGAGAUGCCGGGGACGAAAAGCCAGGUGUGAGCAGUCAGCUUCCGAAGGGAAGAGCUAUAGAGAUGGCUCUGAAAAGGCCACGGCCACCAGUUCUGUCUCUCCGCAGCUCCUCAGAGACUCCCUAUCUGUUGAAAGAAUCUAACAAAGGCGGUGGUCAAGGGGAGGACCGAAACCUGUUGUACUACUCCAAGCUGGGCCUCGUUAUCCCGUCCAGUGGGUCUGCUUCUGCAAACCAAAGCAUUGACAGGAGCGGCCCGCUGGUGAAGAGCCUCCUCAGACGGUCGCUGUCCAUGGAUAGCCAGGUUCCUGUCUACUCUCCCGCCAUAGACCUGAAAUCGCCCCAGGGAUCACCCCCCGUGUCAAACAACGCACCAGGGAAUGUGUUCUGUGCUUUAGCUCAAAAGUCAGCUUUAAAAGACUGUACUGAAAAACCAGCGCUAGAUGACAGGCCUCAAGUGCUGCAACCACAUCGCCUCAGGUCCUUCAGUGCUUCUCAGUCCACGGACAGGGAGGGCACCUCCCCCGUGACCGUGACCCUGACUGAGGUGCGCAUCAAGACGGAGCCCAGCAGCCCGCUGUCGGACCCGGCCGACAUCAUCAGGGUCACUGUGGGGGAUGGGGCGGCAGCCGGCAGAGACCCCCCUGUGAAGACAGAGGAGGACCCCAAGGACAUGAGCAGACUGCCCGCAAAGAGGAGGUUCCAGGCAGACAGGAGGUCGCCCAAGAAGGCCAGGGCGGAGGAGCCCGGGCCUGCCGUCUCAGGGGACAGCUGUGAGGAGAGCGCCAGCCCUCCUGCCCUUGAUGGCAAUUUCCCAGAUUCUGACUUAAACAAGGAGGAGUUUGGUGAGUUGGAGGGGACGAGACCAAAUAAAAAGUUUAAAUGCAAACAUUGCCUUAAGAUCUUUAGAUCAGCUGCGGGUCUUCACCGCCACGCUAACAUGUACCAUAAUCCCGAGAAGCCCUACGCCUGUGACAUCUGUCACAAGCGCUUUCACACCAACUUCAAAGUGUGGACACACUGUCAGACCCAGCACGGCGUAGUGAAGAACCCGUCGCCAGCCUCUAGCUCCCAUGCAGUGUUGGAUGAGAAAUUCCAAAGAAAGCUGAUUGACAUAGUGAGAGAGAGGGAGAUUAAGAAGGCCCUGAUCAUUAAGCUGAGGCGCAGCAAGCCUGGCUUCCAGGGCCCAGGUAGCUGCCCAGCACAGCAAGUCAUCAAGAGGAACUUGCGCUCCCGAGCCAAAGGGGCGUACGUUUGUUCUUACUGUGGAAAGGCCUACCGCUUUCUCUCUCAGUUUAAGCAGCACAUAAAAAUGCACCCGGGAGAAAGACCCCUCGGAGUAAAUAAAGUUGCUAAGCCAAAAGAGCGUGUUCCUCUGACAGGUGCGGUAGAGAGCAAGGAGGUUUACCCGUGCCGCCUCUGUAAUGCUAAGCUCUCUUCUCUUCUAGAGCAAGGCAGCCACGAGCGCUUGUGCCGGAACACCACCGUUUGCCCUUACUGCAGCCUCAGGUUCUUCUCGCCCGCGCUGAAGCAGGAGCACGAGGACAGGUGUGAGUACAAGAAGCUGACCUGCCUGGAGUGCAUGCGGACCUUCAAGUCGUCCUUCAGCAUCUGGCGGCACCAGGUGGAAGUGCACAACCAGAACAGCAUGGCCCCCGCCGAGAACGUCUCCCUGCCCACUCUGGACCACAAUGGCGAAGUGCCCGCCGGGCCCCGGCCCCCGCCCCCGCCCGAGCCUAACAAGGUAAACCACGUUGCCACACCAAAAGAGGACACUGCGUUCAGUGACUCUUCAGAGCAAGUGAACUUCGAUUCCGAGGAUUCCACUUGUCUCCCUGAAGACCUGAGUCUGUCGAAGCAGCUGAAAAUCCACGUCAAAGAGGAGCCGGUGGAGGAGGCAGAAGAGGACGCUCCCGAGGCCAGCUCGGCGCCCAAGGAGGCGGGCCCCAGCAAGGAGGCGGGCCUGUGGCCCUGCGAGAAGUGUGGGAAGAUGUUCUCGGCCCACCGGCAGCUGGAGCGGCACCAGGAGCUGCUGUGCUCAGUGAAGCCCUUCAUCUGCCACGUGUGCCACAAGGCUUUCCGGACCAACUUCCGCCUCUGGAGUCACUUCCAGUCCCACGCGUCCCAGGCCACAGAGGAGCCCGUGCGGAAGGAGGCCGAAGCGCGCCCCGGGCCCACAGACUCCCCCUCGCCACCACCCCUGCCUCCCCCACCUCCUUUGCCCAAGAUCCAGCCCCUGGAGCCCGAUAGCCCCACAGGCCUGCCAGAGAACCCCAUCCCGACCACGGAGAAGCUGUUUACCCCACAGGAGUCGGACACACUCUUUUACCACGCCCCGCCCCUCUCGGCAAUCACAUUUAAAAGGCAGUUCAUGUGCAAGCUCUGCCACAGGACGUUCAAGACCGCCUUCAGCCUUUGGAGUCACGAGCAGACCCACAACUGACGGGCUCACACUCCUCGCCGGGGGAGGCCCCAGCUUAUGGACUGUGUCCCAAGACGCUAAGGAAUUUUUUAUAAGAGAGUAAUAAAGGUUGGGAAAUUGUUAUGCUUGAAUUUAGGUUCGAGAUAAACUGAUAGUGGUUAGAAAUGUCCCCACUAGGCUUUAGGAAUAAACGUGGGAAUAUUGCAGUUUGACCCUCACAGCGACAGGGGCUUGAUUUCGUGACUGUUGAACUUGGACUGAGCAUCACGGGUUCCAGGGUGGCAGUGUGAUCCUUUCAUUGGGGCUUUUGCUGUGGAACUAUUCCUUCUUUGGAUUAUUCCACACACCUAAGUUCCAGCAAAUCUUCGCCAUGUUCUUAAGGCCAAAAACGCACCAGGACAAAAUAGAGUCGUUUGCAGUAUUGACUUACAUCCUAGACUACCUUAGCAAUAAAAAGAUAAACCUCAACUCUUAACAAGUUAUCCUGACACUUGAUAAAGACAAAUACUUGGUAUUUUGUGGUCACGUAGAACUUUUGUUUUUGUAUGAAAAUGGUGAGAUUUAAAUGAGCAAUAGUCACACUUAGAUUUUUAUAAAAUAACUUGCUCUCAGUCAGUAUAACGAAUGAUGGGCCCAGCAUAAGACCACAGCUUAGGUGAUUUGCGCGCAUCCUCUCAGUCAGUUUACAGGAGGGUCAGUAAUGACUGGCGCGGCUACCACCACACAGUGGUAGGUGAGUGCAUCCAGAGCUGAAGGCCUGCAGCUGUUUGAUCUCGGUUUUAUGCUGUCACAACUUGAAAACCUGAGGGUGAUUGGGACAGAACACCGUGCUAGCAGAGGGCACUCCUUUGAACUUGAGAUUAGUGUGACAGGCGAGGUUGAGGUAGAGCACACACACGGAGGCAGGGUACCUAGUCAGGUUCUAGACCACCACUUCCUACCAGAGACCAGGGAGCAGAGCAGAGUGGGAAGAAGGUCUCUAGCAGCUUCGGCCUACGUUCCCGGGAUGGCUCAUACCAUAGACCUGCAGAUACCCAUAUUGGUAUAUACGAUUUCACUGCCCCUCUGUCCUUUUGAAGACUUCUGUUAGGGUGCAUUAAAGUCUGUCAAUGGAGUGAGACUGCUGAACCACUGCUUGCUGCUCGGAAAUACGUGGUAAAGUACUAUGAAGGGUCCCAAACUAGUUUUUGCUAGUUAUUUGGGAAUAUAGUAUUUGGUAUAUAGUAUUUUCUUCCUUUUCUAGAAAUUGUAAUGAAAAUCCUUUCAAUAGGUGUUACCUAGAAUUCCCUGGAGUGUUUUCAAAAGGUAAAACUUUAUUUUACUUGUGAGGAGAAAGUUGACAUAAAAAGUUACUGAAACUACAAAGCCUUUUAAGAUGGUGAGAGAUUUCAGUCUGAGUUUUUGCAUUUUUCUUUCGCAAGCUGUUAUUUCAUGUUUUAAAAGUCAGCU